AAUUAGUACAAUAUUCAUUCUCGAUUCUUCUUAGUAAUCACUAGAUUGUUUGAGAUAGGUUCAAUAAGAAUGACCCUAGUCAUCUUUCACACUGGAUUUGUGCAGUAUGGACAUUUUCCAUUGCCAGUAAAAAAUGAUAUUGAAUAUGUCUUCGCAAGCUCUUCGUCUACCUGUCACCAUGGCACGCCGCAUUGCUAUAAUAGGUGGGGGCAGUUCUGGGCUGGCCUGUAUCAAGUGCUGUCUGGAUGAAGGUCUGGAGCCAGUCUGCUUCGAGAGCAGCGAUGACAUCGGGGGUCUGUGGAGAUUCAAGGAGAAUCCAGAGCCCGACCGUGCCAGUAUAUACCGUUCCGUCAUCAUCAACACUUCCAAAGAGAUGAUGUGCUUCAGCGAUUUCCCCAUCCCUGCCCACUUCCCCAACUACAUGCACAACUCACUCAUCAUGGACUACUUCUGCAUGUACGCCGAGCACUUCCAGCUGCUCCCUCACAUCCGCUUCCAGACCCGUGUGAAAAGUGUGAAGCAGCGCCCGGAUUUCUCUCGCUCAGGGCAGUGGGAUGUGGUGACUGUAAACAAAGAUGGACGGGAAAGGAGCUCCAUCUUCGAUGGGUGCUCCUCCCUCUGUGUCCCAUCUGCCCUGCCUAGGCUGUUCAGUCAGCACCCCACAGUUAACGACGAGCUGCCCAACCGGAUCCUGUCGGGGACCGUAGCGGUGAAGCCCAACGUGAGGGAGUUUCGGGGCUCCAGCGUCGUCUUUGAGGACGGCACUGUGGAGCAGGACGUCUACGCCGUCGUUUUCGCCACGGGAUACCGCAUCUCUUUCCCCUUCCUGCCGUCAUUCGUUGUGUCCGUAUCCGACAACAGGGUGUCUCUUUACAAGUACGUGUUCCCCCCAGCUCUGGAGCGCCCCACACUGGCCAUUAUCGGCCUGGUGCAGCCGCUGGGAGCCAUCAUGCCCAUCUCUGAGAUGCAGGCGCGUUGGGCCACACGCGUCUUCAAAGGGCUAAAUAAACUUCCCCCAGCGGACACUAUGCAGAAGGACAUUGAGAGGAAGAGUGAAAAAAUGGCCAAAAGGUAUGUGGCCUCCCAGAGACACACCAUCCAGGUCGACUACAUGAGCUACAUGGAUGAAGUGGCCGGGCAGAUCGGGGCGCGGCCCAGCCUGAUGGGGCUGCUGCUGCGGGACCCCCGCCUGGGGCUGAGUGUGCUGCUGGGCCCCUGCACCCCGUACCAAGCAUUUGAGGCUGAGAUGGCGUGUCGUGUUGCUGUGAUCGGGGCUGGGUGUUCUGGGCUGGCCUGUAUCAAGUGCUGUCUGGACGAAGGUCUGGAGCCAGUCUGCUUCGAGAGCAGCGAUGACAUCGGGGGUCUGUGGAGGUUCAAGGAGAAGCCUGAGGCUGGCCAGGCCAACAUAUAUCGGUCUGUCAUUGUCAACACUUCCAAAGAGAUAAUGUCCUAUAGCGACUUUCCUGUGCCGGCACAGUUCCCCAACUACAUGCACAACUCGCGCCUGCUGGAGUAUUUCCACCUGUACGCUGAGCACUUCCAGCUGCGCCCUCACAUCCGCUUCCAGCCCAACGUGCGCGAGUUCAGGGGCUCCAGCUUGGUGUUUGAGGACGGGACGGUGGAGACAGAGAUCGACUCUGUGAUCUUUGCCACAGGUUACAGCUAUGAGUUCCCCUUCCUCCCUGCCUCUCUGGUUUCCCACCAGAGGGGGCUCCGACCGGCUCUGUACAAGCACGUCUUUCCUCCCAGGCUGGAGCACCCCACUCUUGCUGUAGUGGGGUGCCUUAAUACCACGGAAGCCAUUAUACCCUUGUCCGAGAUGCAGGCACGAUGGGCUACAAGAGUCUUCGCAGGAUUAGUAAAGCUGCCUCCAGAGAAGACCAUGCUUGAGGACAUUGAGAAGACAGUAAGGGAAAUGGAGCAAAAGUACACCUGCUCAGAGCGCGGCCCCUUCCAGGUGGACUACAUCCCCUACCUGGACAGCCUGGCCGCGCAGAUCGGGGCGCGGCCCAGCCUGAUGGGGCUGCUGCUGCGGGACCCCCGCCUGGGGCUGAGUGUGCUGCUGGGCCCCUGCACCCCGUACCAGUACCGGCUGUCUGGGCCGGGCCAGUGGGCCGGGGCUCGCAGCUCCAUCCUCACGCAGUGGGAGCGAGUGGAAGAGCCGCUGAGGACGCGCCGGGCCCCACACCGGCCCCGGGGCCCCGGCCUGGCGCUGGCGCUCAAGGUGUCGGCCGCUGCCCUGCUGCUCUCUGCCGCCGUCGUCUACAUCCGUGGGGACCCCCCUGCCCUCCUGCGGGACCCCCCUGCCCUCCUGCGCCGUCUCUCUGUGCUGCCUGGAGCUUGGACACUGUGAGGCUGGGCUGUCGGAGUUUCCAAUUUCUCUUGUUUUCCGGUAGUAGAAUUCAACAUAACGGCGAGUCACCUGCCUCUCCAAUGUGGUGUUGUGGAUGAGGGAUUGGUCCGGAUUGGUGUUUGUCGGUUCAGAUUGUUUUGGCUUUCCUUACUUGUGGAGUCUCAUUCUAAAUCCUUAUCUGCAGGGCCAUUCAUUUCCCUUUCUUGUCUCAUUGUGAGCAAAAGCCGAGCAUUAAUGUAAAACACACCUGGUAAUUCUUUUCAGAAAGAAGUUUUAAGUUCAAAGUAUUUGCUGUAAUAAGCUAUGUCUGUUUUGCUGAAUAAUGUACUUAAUGAACCUGUAUGUAACAGGUUCCUCCAGUUAUAGUGAGACAAGGAGGAAGCAGAAAUCGCAAAUGUAUCUUGAUGCUCUUAUCUGGACAGAGCAGCAAAAUACAUUUUUUUGUACCCACAACUGUAUCAAGUAUUGUAAACAAGGUAGGUUGUACUAAUGCAUUGCUUAAUUUGGUGGAAGAGCUACCACUAAUUAUAUACAGUACUUUCACAUCUUACAUUUUCUGCCCAUUAUUCAGUUUUCAAUCCAGUUAUACUGUAUAUUAACUUUAAUGACUACUAAUUACAAUCUGAGAACUUCUUUCUUGAGGAGCUUUAUCAAAAGGGAUAUGAAGUAUCAGAGCACAUACAUCACAAGCUCUGCUUCCAUUACUGCUGUUACUUGAUCUUG